AUGCCUCGUGCGCCUGCCAGACCGCGCGAAACCCUCGCCCCCGCCGUCGCUGCGCAGCACCCCAGCCUGCGCCCGCAACCGCUGCCCACGCCGCCCGCUGCCGUCCCACGCCGCGGGUUGAAUGACGGCCGCCACGAACGCCUGGAGCUACACGAUGAAUCAAUCGCCCUCGGUUUAAGAGAGCACCUCAUCGCCGCCGGCGCCGGCCAGCCGCACCCCACGCCCCAGAUCAACCCGGGUCCCACGGCGCAUGCCACCGACCAUAACCAACACCAAGGCCUCGACCCCUCCAUCACGACCGCCGGAUAUCCAAUGAGUGCCGGCGACGCCGCCGAUGGCCACCUGAGCGAGGGUGGCCGCAAGGGCCGUCGCGAGCUCUCAACGUCGAAGCGCGCCGCGCAGAACCGCGCUGCUCAGAGAGCCUUCCGCCAGCGCAAGGAAGAGUACAUCAAAUCGCUCAAGGACCAGGUCAAGGACUACGAGCAAAUGGCGGACCAGUUCCGCGCCAUCCAGUCCGAGAACAACACGCUGCGCGACUAUGUCAUCAGCUUGCAAGCGCGCCUCCUCGAGUCGCAAGGCAGCUAUCCGGAGCCCCCUGGCAACAUCGACCUGUCGCGCCCGCACACGGAGAUCCCUCCGCCCGUCCAGGCCAUGCAGUCGCCGCAGCCGCCGAACAGCUCUGGGACUUCCCAGCACUCUCAGCAGCAGCAACAACCGCAGCAGCAACACCAGCCUCAACAGCACCAGCAGCAACAUCAGCAGCAGCCCGCCCCGACGGCGCCCAUGUCUGCUUCGGCUGCUCAGCAACUCCAGCAGGCGGCGGCCCAGGCGGCGGCAGCUCAGGCCUCGACUGAGCAUCUGAACAACGGCGCCAAGCACUCUCAUGAGGAGGCUCAGUAUCUCCCCGCAUCCAAUGAGUACCCGCCGCAAAAGCGGAUGAAGAGCGAGGAUGCUGCGGCUAAUUCAGGUAGGCAAAGUUCUUUUGCUUGA